UUGUUUCAACUGCCUCUGGUCUCUUUGUCUUUCCCUUUAAAUAGCCAUCCCACUACACAGCUUCAUCGGUACCAUCACACACAAUCUCUCUCUCUUUCUCUCUCAGGAUCAAGAUCACUACUCAAUCCUCCAAGAUGACAAUGAGCACAGUCCACCAACAAGUUCUUGCAUUUCCUGCACUCAAGACUGCUCCCGCAGGUUACUUGCCUGACCCAGCAUGCAUCAACAAGCUCCAAAUCCCUAAUUCCUCCAAAACAUCUCAACAAAGCAAGGGAAAAUCGAUUCUGCGUACCAAUAGUUUCACGGAUGGAGCUAGAGAUCAGAGCAAGUUAGGACCAAAGCUGACAGAAACAGUCAAGAGAAAGCUAUCUUUGGGAGCUAAGAUCAUUCAAAUGGGAGGCCUAGAGAAAAUCUACAAGAGGCUCUUCAGAGUCUACGACGAAGAGAAACUCUUCAAGGCCUACCAAUGUUACCUAUCAACAACCGCAGGUCCCAUCGCAGGGUUACUCUUCAUCUCAUCAAAGAAAAUUGCUUUCUGCAGCGAGAGAUCGAUCAAAGUGGCUUCUCCUCAGGGAGAUCUCACUAGGGUUCACUACAAAGUGUCAAUCCCUCUUUGCAAGAUCGAGGGAGUUAACAAGAGUCGUAACACAAAGAAGCCAUCUCAGAAGUACCUUGAAGUAGUCACGGUCGAUGGAUUUGACUUCUGGUUCAUGGGUUUCUUGAGCUACAAGAAAGCUUUCAACUGCCUCGAGCAAGCUCUUUCUCUGGACCAAUAACAAUGAGAAUAUUGAAGAGGAAAUAUUUCAUUUCUUCUUAUUCAAUCUAAGUAUGUUAGGACAAAGUCUAGAAAAUUCAGACAGUAUUGUACAAACUCUUGUUUUUAAAGCUUUAUGCCUUUUGUUAUCAAUUGUUGACAAGAGCAAGAGUUAAUCAAGAUUCUAUAGUA